GCGUAGGUCAAAAGGUUGGUAUUGGUCGUUGUGGUGUCAUUGUAUGGUGGAGUGACUUGAAAUGGAGUGUAGAUCGCAACGUAAAUGAUCCCGGUUUAGUUCUGUACAGUAAGAGGUGUUUUCACAUAACAUGAGAAUGAUGAAUGAACUGAACAUAGUGGUUUGAUGGUGUUAUGAGGAACGGCGUUGAAUUGGUUUGUUCGUAGGGUUUGUAGUGCUCAUUUCUUUGCUUUCUCUUUUUCAUUGAUAAGAAGCACUAGUUUUAGUGUGGAAUAUGCUUUUUGAAUCUCUUUUACAGAUUGGUAUAAGAAAUACAAAACUAGUUAUUGGAGGAAGAAAAUUAGCUAACCGUAGUGCUCAAACUAGGAGGAUCCUAUUAUCCGAAAGCAUCUGCUAUACAAGUAUGAGGUACAUAUCAGCUUAUAUGUUGGCAACGAUGGGAGCCAAGCAUCAUGUAACAGCGAAUGAUAUCGAAAAUAUUCUCGGGUCGGUGGGUGUCGAUUGUGAACAUGAUAAAGCCGAAGAAGUUAUUAAGAAAAUGAGAGGAAAAACGUUGGAUGAACUGAUAAUUGAAGGAUCAAAAUGCCUCACAUCAGUAUCAGCAGCUGCACCAUGUAUCGGUGGUACACCCGUUGCUACUACUGCUACUUCCCUCACAGAUAAAAAUGCUGUCACAGCUUUACCAGUGGCGAAAGAGGAAAAGAAGGAGAAAGAGGAAGAGUCGGAUGAAGAUAUGGGCUUCGGGCUUUUCGAUUGAUACUUUUCGUUAUCCUUAUCUUGUUUUUUUAAAAAAUUGUCAUUUUAUGAAGGAAAGAACAUUAAGAACUAUUUCUUUGGCUUACAACAAAACAAUAUAUUUAAGAAUUUUAACAAUUAUACAUGUUUCGCUGGAAUUGUGGUGUUAGUAUCCCAUGUUACUGGAUUCGUAUUUUAUUUUUCUGAAUGCAGUUUAUUGAUUUUAUUAAUCCCCAUGCACAAUUAAAGCUUUUGGGAGGAGAAAAGGUAGUCAGUAUGCUUCAUAA